AUGUACUCUUCAUCGUCUACAUCAAAACGCCUCGUUUUGGUCCCUGUCUUGGCCAUACAAUUGCUCCUUGUACGCAGCGUUUCUUCCUUGAACAUGACCAAUGCGUAUCUCAACCACAAAUGCAUGGAUAGUCAAGGAAAAUACAAGCCUGGAAGUAAAUACGAGCAAGACCUUAAAGAUAUCAUCGGUUCCAUCGCUUUAUCUAGUAAUUUUACCAGCGGUUACGAAAUGAUGUCCCUUGGUAAAGGUCCUAGUUACGUCUCCGUCACCCUUCUGUGCCGCGGAGACUCCCACGGACCCAAUUGUCGUCAAUGCUAUGCCACCUCCCAAGCUGAGCUUCGUAGGAGAUGUCCGAAAAUGAAAGGGGGAAUAAUAUGGUACGACCAAUGUUUUCUCGUCUUUUCUGGGAUCAGUUAUUUCGGGAAGAUCGAUUACGACAACAAUUUAUGGAUGUCCAAUGCGAAGAAGUUCAGCGCCGAUAAUUACUCCAACACAGAGUGGACGACUCUCAUCGGCAAUCUGACAACUAUAGCCACCGAUGAGAAAAAUUCAAAAGACACGUCAACGAUGUACGCAGCGGGGGAGAGGAGGCUCGGGAGGAAGAAGCUGUACGGAAUGGUGCAGUGUAUGCCAGACAUAUCGUCAAGGGCUUGUGCGGAGUGUGUUAAACAUGAAAUCUUGCAUUUUCAGGAAUGCUUGUUUUUUAAAAAAGGAGCGAGAGUUUUGGGUAUGAGCUGUAACUUUAGAACGCCUCGUUUUGGUCCCUAUCUUGGCCGUGGUGGCCAUACAACUUCUCCUUAUACGCAGCGUUACGUCCUUGAACAUGACCAAUGCGUAUCUCAACCACAAAUGCAUGGAAAGUCAAGGGAAGAAGAUGGUGGUGACAAAGACGGUGGGGAAGGUGACAACGACGAAGAAGACGUUGUGUUGGAAGAUCCUUCCCCCUCCGUCUCUCUCCGUAAACAUAAGGACGGUUUCAUAUCCUUGUCGUAUGGCGAGCCUCCCAAUUCCGUUGCCAUCGUAUUCCAGUGCCGCGGGGACUCCUACGGUCCCAACUGCCAGUCCUGCUACACCACCGCUGUCGCCGCGCUUCGUCAGAGAUGUCCGAGUAACAAAGCGGGAAUAAUAUGGUACGACCAAUGUUUUCUCAAUAUUGGUACGACUGAGACCCCGGUACAACCGACCGAUUACGAGAAUACUUUCUCUAUGCACAACCGUAACGAUGUGAGAUCGGAUAAAGUGUCGUUCAACAAGAAGACGAGGGAUUUCCUCACCGGCCUGAUGCCGAAAGCCUUGAAACGAGAUGCUAUCAACUAUGUAUAUUACGCGGCAGGGGAGACAAUCUUGGGGGCGAAUAAAAUUUAUGCAAUGGUGCAGUGUGCACAAAACGCAGAGCAAUGCAAGGCUUGUUUAGAAUCGAGUAUCAGAGAGCUUUCUAAAUGUUGUGACGGUAAACAAGGAGCAAGAGUUUAUUUGGGUAGGAGCUGUAACGUUAGGUAUGAGCUAUACCCUUUUCUUAGGACACAAAAGGAUGUUUAA